AUGUCUCCCGGCCCUGUAGCUGGCACUAGAAUCGCAGAGCCUGAAGUGGCCUACGAGAAGGCUUCUGCUGCCGGUGAAGAUGCAAUCAACUGGCUUCAAGAGUAUCUCCUCGAAAGAUCCGAGAUCGAAAAGGAUUAUUCGGACAGGCUACGGAAACUACAAAUGAGGUUUAGCUCAAGAGCCUUUCCUGCUCCAAGAGACGGCUCACUCGUCAAAGCUUGGGAUUCGAGCUUGAAACUGGCCAAGGAACUAGUCGAACAUCAUCGGGCUCUAUCUGAGAGACUGGGUACUCUGGGUGCUAAUGUGGCAGAGUCAUGGGGUAAACAAUAUGGACUGACGAGGUACCUGCUCACGAAUGAAAUCAAGGCUAGCAACAUUGCUUACAAGGAAAAGACCAAAGUCAUGAGAACGUUUGGUGACAGAUAUAAUGCUGCCGGCGCUGCUCUCGAAACGCUGAAAAAGGAAGAUCCGAGAAAUUCGAGUAAAUUGAGUAAAGCUGAAUCUGACUUGCGAAGUGCAGAUCAGGCUUAUCGAGAAUCAGUCGUCCAGCUAAAGAAGGAAAAGGCUACAUAUGAUGCCGCCGGUGAUGCUUUUGAAUCUAAAUGGAGAACAUUAGAAGAAACAAGAAUAACAAACACAGCCGAUACAUUCACUGAACUGUCCACCGCUGAACAAACCCUCACAGCAAAUCGUCAAGUCCUCGUCACAUCCCUCAUAACAUCCAUAUCCUCGAUAGACAAAUCACGAGACAUUCAACUCUUCACAUCCACCUUCCGAUGGCCAACCCUCUCGCCCAUGUCAAUAUCAGGGCCUGGCCCACGAGAUCCCUCCACGAACGCAGUAACCUCAGUCCAGCUAAAAGACCUCUUCUUCAACAUUCGUCUAGAAAUUGCAUAUGACAAAACCAUCCCUAUAGUCUUGUCACGAUGUAUUGAGGCUGUUGAAGCUCGUGGAUUGGAUCGGGAGGGUAUUUAUAGAGUUCCUGGUAAAGCUGUGGAUAGAGAAUCGCUGACUUCGGCUUUUGAGAGGGAUGAGGCUGCUGUGGAUUUGACUGAAACUGGAUCUUACGAUGUGAAUGCUAUUGCAUCGCUAGUGAAAUAUUAUAUUAGACAGCUGCCUGAUCCGUUGUUUCCUAUUGAUUCUAAAGAUGUGGCCGAGUAUCCAAAGAUACCGGAAGGACAAAAACCAUUCUGGUUGAUUCAAAAGCUUGCACCAGGUCCACCAACUCAUAAAACUAGAGCUCAUCAGCAUACCAUGCGUGUGCUAGUAGAGCAUUUGGCAAAGAUUGUCGAUCACUCAGAAACAAACAAGAUGACUUUAAUUAAUAUCGCUACUGUAUUUGCACCAGUCAUUUUCAACAUGGGCGGUGAUGAAGAUACAAGUAACUCAGGUAGUCGAACCAAUCUAAGUAAUAUCUUUAACAGAAAGGAUGCGAAUGGAUUGGAGGAUAAAGCUAAAGAGAUUGAUACUCUCGUAUUGAUAACGGAAGACACGAUCCGACUACGGAAUCUCGUCUUUCCAAAGCUAGAAGGUGCUUACCCAAGCCAAUCAACAUCUUCUGCAAGCACACUACCAAGAACAUCAUUAACGAAUGCCUCAAUGGCAUCGUCCAUCCCAAUGUCAUCGUCUCCACCAUCAUCCUUAUCGACUCUUGCAUCUGCUGCUCAACAGCAGCAGCAACACCAAACGACAAAUACAACCGGAAACUUCUCAGACAAUCUACCAACUCGUAAUGAUUCACUCCCUGGACAACCAGUACCGCCUCGGGGUGUAUCACGAGCACCUGGUCCUGCAGUGAAGCCUGGGUCGAUUAGUACGGCUAGUACGGGUGGAAACAGUAAUAGUGAUCCUGCAUCACCUGUUGCUUGA